AUGAUAACGAGAAGAAAUUGGUUAUUGAGAUGUAGCAUAUUUGCGAACAUCAUAGUUCUUUUGUACAUUUGUAGUCAUGUAAUGAUUGGUAGCAAUACCACAAAUAAUUUAGGAGGAGGAAACUCAUUACUACUUCAGCAAUUAUCACCAACAUCAAAUCAACAAUCAACGCAACGAUCAUCACUGUCUCAAGCACAAAUUUAUCAGGAUGAGCAGGAGUUAGCAGCCAUAUUACAUAAUAAAGAGUUGGAACUUCAAAAACAACUUAAAAUUCAAGAUGCUGCCAUUCAGAAUGUAGAAAACACAAAGACUAAAGAAAGUGAAUCAAAGAUUGCAGAAACUAUUCCUGAAGAAGAUAACCGCUUUGAAAUUCCAACUGACCAAUCAUCAAUACAACAACAACAGCAGCAGCAACAGCAACAAAAAACAGAUGUACUAUUCACCGAUGGAACAAGUGGGAACAAUAAUAAUAAUAACAAUAAUAAUAAUGCAAAUAAUAGUGAAUUAUUUACAACACAAUCAAAUGACUUAGAAACGAGAUUAAAAAUGCUUCUGAAUUGCUUUACAAAAAGUUAUGACCCAAAUAUUGAGCAACGUGGUGACUUUUGGGUGCUCAAAAAUUACGUUCGAGCCGAGCAUGGAGAUCUCAAAUGUUAUGAAUCAGUCACAUAUACAACACACGCUGAUUAUACAUUCUUAGAUAAUUUAAUUCCAUUGUUAGAGAGAUGGAAUGCCCCUAUUAGCAUUGCCCUUCACGCGCCAGGAACUGACUUCUUGCCAACCGUUAAUUCCAUAAAGUAUCUACGAGAUUGUCUGCCCGAAAGUAAUUUGGUGCGACAAUUUGUAACAUUUCAUAUUUAUUUUAGUAGUAAACAUGUACCAAAAGUAGUUCCUAAGUAUGACAAAGUACUAUUCCCACCAUACAAUUGUAGCCUCACACCGCCAUUUUUUAAUGCGACAGCGGCGCAACUUUAUAAAACUCAAAAGAAACUUUUAUAUCCUGUAAAUGUUGGUAGAAAUGUUGCCAGAGAUGCAGCCCUAACACAUUUUUUAUUAGCUAGCGAUAUUGAACUUUACACGAAUCCUGGAUUUGUGAGGAAAUUUCUCGAGAUGAUUGCACGAAAUGACGCGCCGUUGCAGAGAAAGAGCCCAAGGGUAUUUCCAUUGCCAAUAUUUGAAGUAGAUACAACAGUAUCCGUUCCGCGCGAUAAAACAGAGCUUCAAGAACUUCUCAGGACCAAUAAAGCUAUUCCAUUUCAUAAGCGUGUGUGUGCUAGUUGUCAUGGUAUUCCGAAAUCAAAAGAGUGGAUGGCUGCGAAUGAGACAGAUGAACUAGGAGUGUUUUAUAUUGGCAAGCGAACAGGAUAUUUUGUACAUUGGGAGCCAAUUUUUGUAGGAACACAUUCUGAUCCUCAUUACGACGAGCGAUUGAGUUGGGAAGGAAAGAGUGAUAAAAUGACACAAGGAUAUUCACUAUGUGUUCUGGAUUAUGAGUUUCAAAUUCUCGAUAAUGCAUUCUUGGUGCAUAAGCCAGGCAUUAAAGUACUGAAGAAAGAUCCAAAACGAGCGAUGUUGGCAGCAAAGACGAAUCAGCUAAUCAAGAAAAUAAUUUAUCCAGAACUGCAAGUGCUUUACGGUACGAGAAAAGGAUGUGCUGUAUAGUAAAACGACUUCAAACAUGUAAAGUCCUUACAUGUUUCCAAAAGUUGACGAUUGAUAGACAUUUUCCAAAAGUAGGAAUGACACAAUUUUGAAACAGAAAGACAACAAAGAUAUUGAUUACCAAUUUUACCUUAAAACUGAAACAAUAUUUUAGAGACACAUCUUUGAUGUUGAAGCAUUAAAAUACCUAAAAAAAUUAAAGUCAACAUUUUUAUGAAUAUUUUUAAAAAAAGAAACAAAAAUGACAUGAUUCAGAGCUGAAUGUUCUCUCUCAUUAUUCAAUCUACUAUCACUCAUUAAUACUGCAUUAUAUUAUAUCGAU